AUGUGGGAAGGCCAGGGUCCUCCUGGGCCAGGCAGGAUGGGCCAGGCCAGGAGCUGCUUCGGCUCCAGCUGUGGCUCUGAGCUGCCGCCCAAAGAAGAGCGAAAGACACCUUUCCUCCUCAAGGGAAAACCGGUGGUCACCAAGUUGCAGCUCUGCCUGGCCAGGGACCAGAUGUGGCUGCUGAAUGCCAGCAAGGAGGUGGCUCUGCAGACACAACUAGAGCAGCAGCAAGAAGGCAGCAAUGAGGAUUCCACCUCCAUCAUCUGGCCCAGUGGCUCCUGCAUUGGCAAACUUGGAGGCUGGGAGCAGCGGAGCCUGAUGCCGGUUCUCCCCUCUGUCAAAAACUCCCAGGCGCUGAAGGAGCUGUGGGUGGACACACUACAUGGUGUUUCAGAAGAGUCUGCAAACUUGCACAGCAGUGCUACCAUGAUUGAGCAACUCGUUGCUGCAGUUUGCACUGUUUAUGGCAUUGGUUAUUCAGGCUAUUACCUGACUAACCUGGGACGUCACCUGAGAUGUGUAUUCAGACGUGCUGAUCCUGAGAGCCCUGAACCCACAGCAGACUCUCCACUGACUCUCUCAGUCCCUGGAGAUGUGGCCAAAGAGGAGCUGAAUGACCACAAUCCUCCAGCUGUGCUCACAGCACAACCUGAAUAUUCCGAGCCGACUCACGGGGAGCUGUUCCCAGCCCAAGAGCAUUAGAAGCAUCUCAGGCAGCAGGUGGAAGAGGUACAGGGGAAUGGCCAGAACAUUAAGGCAGAGCCACAAGCAGAGCUGCCCGAAGCUCCGAUUGCCAUCAUGGCAGUGAGGAGGAGGAACAAGGAAGACAUGAGAAGACUUCAAGAUCACUGGAAUCUCCAUAGACAGAGGGGUGAUUUACAAAACCAGGUGAGUGUAAGAGUGGCUGCCACUCCACUCAAGAAAAUUUCUCUCUCUUGUUGUUUACAGAACUUCAAUGAGGAGCUGCCCGCAGAGCUGCAUAAAACUCAGGCUAUGCUCAAAGCAAGGGAGAAGAGGCUGGGGGAAGAAAUGAAAAUCAUGAAAGAGAAAAUGAAUCUCCUUCAGGGGCAAGAGGCUCUAGAAAAGACAGUGGCCAUAAAGAAAAUUAAUCUCCACUCACUGAGGAAGAUGCAAGUAACUGUUAAUGAAGUCAUGGUUAUGAAGAGGAAUAGGAGUCCUUGUGUUGUGAAUUAUUUAGACAGCUACCUUGUGGAUAAGCAAUUCUGGCUGGUGAUGGAGUACAUGGAUGGAGGCACUCUGAGCAAUGUCAUCAGCAGGACCUUCCUGUCUGAAGAUGAGAUGGCAGCUGUCAGUCACCAGUGCCUGCAAGGACUGGAUUUUCUUCACUCAAAUCUUGUCAUCCACCGGGAUGUGAAGAGCCACAACAUCCUUCUCAGAAGCGAUGGCUCUGUCAAGCUGGCUGAUUUUGGCCUCUCUGCUCAGCUCACCCCAGAGCAAAAUCAACGGUUGUCAGUGAUUGGGACUCCUUGGUGGAUGGCACCUGAAAUUGUGAAAGGUCAACCAUAUGGCUACAAAGUGGACAUAUGGUCUUUUGGAAUUGUGGGAAUUGAAAUGGUGGAACGAGAAGUUCCUUAUGAGAGUGAACGUUCCCUCUCACCUCAGCUCCUGAUAGCCACAGGAGGGAGACCAAAACUGCAGCAGCCCGACCUCUUCUCUCCUUUGCUGUGGCACUUCCUGAGCUGCUGCCUGCAGAGAGAUGAGGCUCGGCGCUGGACUGCCAAGGAGCUCCUGCAGCAUCCAUUUGUAACAUCAGCCAAGCCACUGUCAACUCUGGCACCACUCAUCAUUUCAAUGAAGAAGAAGAAGGAGACAAGAAUGUAA